AUGACAGCAGCAGCGGGGUCAACCAGCGACGCUUGCGAUGCGGCGUCCCCUCCGCAGUCGCUGCUAGAGGGCCUGCCGCUCACCGUGCUGGCGGCCGUGCUGGAGGCAGUGAUUCAGCGCAGCAGCCCGGGCAGCGCGGUGGCGCUCGCACUGACCUGCCGCUCAAUGCUGGCGGGCGUGGCUGCUUGCGGCGGCGUGUGGCAGCGGCAGUGCGGCCAGCUCGGAUGGGACGACGGCGUCCGCCGCGCAGACGCUUUCUCUGUGUACAGCGCGCGCAUGCGGGCGCGCACGCGGGUGCGGCUCCAAGUUAGGGUGCUGCUGUCCUAUCUGCCGCGCCGCACGGCGGCGGCGUUCGAGCCCGGCGCGGCGCCGCAGCGGCUGGCGGCGGCGGAGGUGCGGCUGGGCGUGUCGCUGCCGUGGGAGCUGUGGGAGCUGCUGCGGUUCCGCAACGGCCAAGCCCCCGGCCCAGGGGCGGCCCUCAUCGAUGACGCGCGGCUGCUGGGGGCGGACGAGCUGUUUGUCGAAUCAAGGGAGCUGCCGGCCCUCAGCCUGGCGCCAGAACGCCCUGCGGCGUCGCGGCCGCAGCCGUCGCCGCCGUUACCACCCCCAGCCCUGCCGCCAUCACAACAGCAUCAUCUUGCAGUUGACGGAGCCGCCUCAAAAUCCGCGGCGUCGCCCGCGCAGCCAGGCUACAUGGAGAGCGGGGUCUCAGGCACGCCCAUGGGGCAUGAUGCGACGCGGCUCGUGGUGUUUGCGAACAACGCUGGGGGCAGCCGGAUGUACGGGGUGGCGCCGGACGGGCGUGUUUAUGUGCUGCGGGGGCUGCUGACAACGCGGCCGGUCGCAGGCAGCGUGCUGGCCUUCUUGCAGCACCUGCUGGAGCCCGGCCUCGAGCGGCAAACGCCUAGCCUGCAGAGCAUCCAGGACGGCGGCUCCCUUGACGAUGGCUACCAGUCGCCAGUGCUCUCUCUGGACUGGAGCGACCCACGGUCAGCCAGCGGUGGUGCAGCCGCCGUGGCCGACCCUCUGGACCUAGAGCCCGUGUUUGACGUCUGCGGUGUGGGCCAGUGCCUCAUCGAUGUCAAUGUCAACGUGUCCAGGGACAUGCUGGCGGCCCUCAACGUGCCGCACGGCGGGCGCAGGCGCGCGCGAAGCAAGCGCGCGGGGCAGGUGAUUGGUGUGGGUGAGCGUGACGCCCUGCUGCGCCAGCUGGAGCAGGUGCCCAGCGCCAUGGGGGCGGAGGGCGCGUCCAGCCUGUCCAUGUUCAACCUCAACAACGUGACGCCGGGCGGCUCCCUGCUCAACACCCUGGUCGGCCUGUCCCGACUGGGCGCUUCCGCCUCAACCGCGCGCCCCCUGCGCAUCGCAAUGGCCGGCUGCGUCGGCGGCGGCGACGGCCUGGGCGCGUAUGUACGGCAGCAGCUGCGCGGCGCGGGCGUCGCCGUCAUCACGCCCGACGGCGCGCCCGAUGACGUCACGAUGAUGUCAUCGUCCCCCGCCGCGGCCGCGCCCGCGGGCGGUGCGGCGGGCGGCGCGGCCAAGCCACAGGGGGUUGUCAUCGGCGCGGACCCGCAGGCGCAGGCGCGGCCGGCGCCGAAGCGCCCUGGCGGCACCACCGGCACCGUGAUGGUGUUCUGCACCCCUGACGCGCAGCGUUCCUUCCUGUCCUGCAUACCCAACGACGACGCGGUGGCGCUGUCGCCGGAGCUGCUGCGCGCCGCGGCCCGCAGCCGGCUGCUGGUCAUCGAGGGCUACUUGCUGGACCUGCCUGGCGCCAGCGAGGCGCUGCCGGCGCUGGUGGACGCGGCCAGGGCGGCCGGCACGGUGGUCGCACUCACGAUGGGGGACGCAGGCGUUGUCCGCCGCAGCGCCGACACCCUGGCGGCCUGCCUGGCCCGCGGCGUGGACGUGCUCUUUGCCAACGCGGGAGAGGCCCUCGCCCUCGCCGCCGCCCCGCCGGUCCGCGCCCUGCUGGAGGCACAGCACGCGCAGCGCCAAGACCCAGAGGGCGCCGCGGCGGCAGCGGCGGCGGCCCCAGCAAUGGACGGCCUUGAUGCAGAGGGCUUGAGCGGGGCGGCGCUGCCGCCAGCGCGCAGCGCGGCUGAGGCUGCGGAGCAGCUGUCGCAGCUGUGCCCGUUGACUGUCGUUACGGACGGCAGCAGACGGCCACCGCCUGCCAUGACCUAA